UGUCUUUUCAAUUCAUUUAUCUGCAGGAAUGAUUGCGACUAUCAGUCUAGAGCUCACCGCCUGGCUGAGGAGGUGAAAGUUGCGCCACAGGAAGAUAAACCGCAAAAAGACAAUAUUGCAUGUAUACAAGCGGGCUUUUUUGCGUGCGCAUCGGAUGAGCGGUGUAGAGGAAUUCCUCGCGUCGCUGAAAAAGAAAGCAGAAAGAAAACAAAUCUGUGGAUUAGAGUUAUCUCAGUCUGGUUGGGGUAAGAAGAGAUAACAGCAGAGGAGAGGAGAGGGAGGAAGAAUAUCUGCGCGUGUUUUUUUGGUUUCUGCUCUCAGUCGUCUCGGCGAGUCUAGACUGAAGAUGCUCCUGGACGCAGGACCGCAGUAUCCCACCAUAGGAGUCACUACUUUCGGCUCCUCGCGGCAUCACUCAACAGGCGAAGUGGCGGAGAGGGAAGUGGCGCUGGGGAUCAACCCGUUCGCGGACGGGAUGGGCGCCUUCAAAAUAAACCACAGCUCUCAUGACAUCGGCUCCGGACAGACGGCGUUUUCCUCCCAGGCUCCGGGCUACGCGGCGGCCGCCUUGGGACACCACCACCACCACCCGGCGCACGUCGGCUCCUACUCCACGGCGGCUUUUAACUCCACCAGGGACUUUUUGUUCAGAAAUCGGGGAUUCGGGGAAGCCACCGGCGCGCAGCACAGCCUGUUCGCCUCCGGGAGUUUCGCAGGGCCACACGGACACUCAGAUGCAGCGGGGCACCUGCUCUUCCCUGGACUCCACGAGCAAGCGGCGAGCCACGCGUCCUCCAAUGUGGUCAACAGCCAGAUGAGGCUGGGCUUCUCUGGGGACAUGUACGGCCGGGCCGACCAGUACGGCCACGUUACGAGCCCGCGUUCCGACCACUACGCCUCCACCCAGCUGCACGGCUACGGACCCAUGAACAUGAAUAUGGCCGCGCACCACGGAGCGGGGGCCUUCUUCCGAUACAUGCGGCAGCCCAUCAAGCAAGAGCUCAUCUGCAAGUGGAUCGAACCGGAGCAGCUAUCCAACCCCAAAAAGUCGUGCAACAAAACUUUCAGCACCAUGCACGAGCUGGUGACCCAUCUUACGGUGGAGCACGUGGGGGGGCCGGAGCAGACCAACCACAUCUGCUUCUGGGAGGACUGCUCCAGAGAGGGGAAGCCGUUCAAAGCAAAAUACAAACUUGUGAAUCACAUCCGCGUGCACACCGGAGAGAAGCCGUUUCCCUGCCCGUUCCCCGGAUGUGGCAAAGUGUUUGCGCGAUCGGAAAAUCUAAAAAUUCACAAAAGGACUCACACGGGUGAGAAGCCUUUUAAGUGUGAGUUUGAGGGCUGCGACAGGCGGUUCGCGAACAGCAGCGACCGUAAGAAACACAUGCACGUCCACACGUCGGACAAGCCGUACCUCUGUAAAAUGUGCGACAAGUCCUACACACACCCCAGCUCCCUGCGAAAACACAUGAAGGUCCACGAAUCCACCAAUCCGGGAUCGCAGCCUUCUCCAGCGGCCAGUUCAGGGUACGAGUCGUCCACACCCCCCACCAUCGUCUCCCCGUCCACAGAGAACCAGAGCAGCAGCUCCAUAUCACCAGCAGCCUCAGCAGUGCACCACACAGCCAGCCACAGCACGCUGUCGUCAAAUUUCAAUGAAUGGUACGUGUAAAUAUUUUUAAAAAAGGGAGAAAAAAAGAAAAAAGAGGAGAAAAGACUGCAGGAAUAAUGAGAAAAUGGAAAAAACGGGACUCUAAAGUCAGGAAGAUGGACUGACAAAUCACAGAGAAGUUAAAGACUGUAUUAAAAUGUGAAAGAGAAAUGCACGGACUCUUCCUCCUCCUCUUCCUCCUUCCUUUUCCCCUCCUCCCCAAUAUUUCUUCGAGUCUUUAUUUUUCCUGAGAGACUGCACAAAAACAAAAAAUUGCAUGCUAUCUCCGAGGCCUGGAUUUUUGUACAUAUCAGCAAGCUGAGGGAGCAAAAAUGUAAUAUUUUAUUUUGUAAAUAUCACAGUUUAAAGGGGGGGAUUUGUUGGGGGAAAAAAGAAAACAGGAAAAAAGGUGGUUCCUAGAUUUAUGGAGAUGGUUUUACGAAAUAUCGCGAUGAAUAGGCUUUCUGGUUGCUGCAGAAUGUUAUAGUUGUGUACCAAAAUGUGAAUUUAUUCAGUAUUACUCCAGUCUACACGUCGACCUAACCGACUCCUAGUAUUAAAUGUGCUUUUUGUAGCCUAUCCAGUGCAACAUUUUAAUUUUAUUUUUAUUUUUUUAUUAUUUCUAUUCGUCCAAGGUCCCGUUUUGAGUAGCACAAGUAUCAUUGUUGUUAUUUAAUGUCAUGUCGAUAAAAAAAUCGUGUAGUGGAAGCCUGAAAUGUCGAUCUGUUUAUGUACGUGAUAAAUAUACAAAAAAAAAAAUCUGUCAAUUUGCUUUGUCUGAAAGGAAGUAAUCUGAUUACAUGUAAAGUAGCUCAAUUUUCCAUAUUUAUCCGCAUGUAAAAGGGCCGGUAACAUGUUAGAAAUGAUCGGUAUUUAUGGAGAAAUGCGCUCGUGUGUAAAAUUUAGUUUACAAGGAGAAAAAAACAUGUUUGGAUACAUUUCGUACUACAUUAAAGGAUUCAAAAAACA